AACCCAGAGUUCGCCGCAGCAACCAACACCUCGCCUUGAACCUCGCCGCGCCUCGCCUUAAAAACUGCACCAAGUCAACAUCUGUACGCUUCUGAAUCUCUUCUCCCUGGACAUGCGGUACGAGUAGUGAAGACGAACGCAUGCUGCCGGCUCUGGGGACCUUCAUCUCGGGACCUCCGCCUCGGCCUACACCACCACCUUCGACCACGCACACGUCUUCUGGCAGACCGCCAUGAACGACUUUGAGCGCGUUGGCCGGAACAUUGUCCGCACCUUCUACGAUCCGUUGCCAGCCAACGACUCCAACGACCCCAUAUGGCUGCUCGGCCAGCGCUACGACCCCCGCCCCCUGCCGCCCAAGCACUCCACCAGCACUCCCAGCGGUGCUCCCUCCUCCACCGAUGCCGCCACACCGCAGACUGAACGCACUGAAGACGAAAGCUGGAUACGCACAAGCGUCGACGAGAAAGACCGCAAGGAAUCACCAAAUGGCGAGGACCCGACCCAGUACGGCAACUGGCCUUCGGCCUUCCUGGAUGACUUUGAGUCGCGGAUAUGGAUGACAUACCGCUCUGGCUUCCCCGCGAUACAAAAGAGCCAGGAUCCAAAGGCUACAAGCGCCAUGAGCUUUAGAGUGCGCAUGCAGAACCUUGCAUCCCCAGGCUUCACGUCGGACACGGGCUUUGGAUGCAUGAUUAGGAGCGGGCAGUGUAUAUUGGCCAACGCCCUGCAAGUACUGCGGCUGGGUCGAGACUGGAGAUACCAGGAAGAUCCCAUGGCCAGGGAGCACUGCGAUAUACUUGCCCUCUUCGCCGACGACCCAAAAGCCCCAUUCUCUAUACAUCGCUUCGUAGAGCAUGGUGCUGCGGUUUGCGGCAAAUACCCUGGCGAGUGGUUUGGGCCAUCAGCAGCGGCACGGUGCAUACACGGUCUGGUAAAUAAGUACAGAGAAGCUGGGCUGAGAGUCCAUGUCUCGGGCGACGGCGCCGACGUGUACGAAGACAAGCUAAAGCAGACGGCCGUCGACGACGAUGGAGAGUGGCAGCCCACAUUGAUACUUGUUGGAACGCGGUUAGGCAUCGACAAGAUCACGCCCGUGUACUGGGAGGCGCUGAAGGCGAGCCUGCAAAUGAAGCAGAGUAUUGGCAUCGCUGGCGGCCGUCCCUCAGCAUCGCAUUAUUUCGUCGGCACACAAGCAGACAACUUCUUCUAUCUCGACCCACAUAGCACGCGCCCUCUGUUACCAUACCGCCCUACCUCCCAGUCAUCUCAGACCACAACGACUACCACUCCGCCAUCCACUCUAGCCUCUUCAACAGGGUCUGCUUCCUCGACAACCUCGUCUACCACCAUCAUCCCCUCAGCCAGCGAAGCCAUACCCCAUACCACCCCACCAAAUGCAUGCACCUACUCGGCAGAGGAGCUCUCAACCUGUCACACGCGCCGUAUCCGACGUCUCCAAAUCCGCGAAAUGGAUCCCUCGAUGCUCCUUGCCUUCCUCGUCACGUCCGAAGAAGACUACGAGAACUGGAAAGAAGGGGUGCGGAGUGUACAAGGCAAGUGUGUUGUGCAUGUGCAAGACGCGGAGCCGGCUCCAAGAGGCCAGGAGAGGGAGGGCGCAGUUGAUGAGGUGGAAAGUUUGGAUGAGGAAGGCUGGCAGUAGGCAACACGGCAGCAGGCACGGGAAGGACGUGAUGGAUUGGCGCUGAAAGGCGAUUUGGGAGUAAUGGAGUUUGAUAGAUGUAUAUCCGUAAAUCCCGCGCUUACUGAGCAAUCAAUGAUAGUCUUGUCCUAUUAGUUUCUGAUGCCUACGAAGGAGUUUGCAGCAACUACCAAAUGCCGCGAACGUAGGCAGUGCACCACGUCCUCUGGAUCCAGAAUCAUUGUAAAUCUAAAUGUGAUUCCACCAACAGAUAUGGGAUAUGGAACGCGUCCACUCGGGCUUUACGGUCAAAAUUCCCGGAUUGCGCC